CCAGCCGGGGGCCACCCCACAUCCGCCCCCGCCUCGCUGCCACCUCCCGGGGUGGCCGGUGGGCACCCCCAGCCGUCGCCUUUAACGGGACCGGUGUCCCCUGGUGUCCCAGGUGAAGGGUGGCUCCACCUCGUCCCUCCCCUCGGCGCCUUCCUGCCUUCCUUGUGCCUGUCACUGGGGAUUAGCGAAGGGACAGCCCCGGGCUUGGGGACAGGGAGGGGGACAGGGCCACCCGCCACCUCGUCUGGAUGUAGGAGGCCCAGCCAGCGUCCCCCAUCCCUGCGGUGGGCGAGGACGGGGACCCCCCCGGCGACCCGUCACCCCUCGGGGCCACCAUGAAGGACCGGCUGGAGCAGCUCAAGGCGAAGCAGGACGUGGACGAUGACACCGAGGAGCUGGAGAUCGCCGUGGACAACACGGCGUUCAUGGAUGAGUUCUUCGCGGAGAUCGAGGAGACCCGGCAAAACAUCGACAAGAUCUCGGAGAACGUGGAGGAGGCCAAGAAGCUCUACAGCAUCAUCCUCUCGGCCCCCAUCCCUGAGCAGAAGACCAAAGACGACCUGGAGCAGCUGACGGCGGACAUCAAGAAAAUGGCCAACAGCGUCCGCAACAAGCUGAAGAGCAUGGAGAGGAACAUCGAGCAGGACGAGGCACGGUCCUCCGCCGACCUCCGGAUACGCAAGUCCCAGCACUCGGUCCUGUCCCGCAAGUUCGUUGACGUCAUGACCAAGUACAACGAGGCCCAGGUGGACUUUCGGGAGCGCAGCAAGGGCCGGAUCCAGCGCCAGCUCGAGAUCACCGGCAAGAACACGACAGACGAGGAGCUGGAGGAGAUGCUGGAGAGCGGGAACCCCUCCAUCUUCACCUCGGGGAUCAUGGACUCGCAGAUCUCGAAGCAGGCGCUGAGCGAGAUCGAGGGGCGGCACAAGGACAUCGUGCGGCUGGAGAGCAGCAUCAAGGAGCUGCACGACAUGUUCGUCGACAUCGCCAUGCUGGUGGAGAACCAGGGAGCCAUGAUCGACCGCAUCGAGAACAACAUGGACCAGUCCGUCGGCUUCGUGGAACGGGCCGUGGCCGACACCAAAAAGGCCGUGAAGUACCAAAGUGAGGCCAGGAGGAAGAAGAUCAUGAUCAUGCUAUGCUGCAUCAUCCUCGCCAUCAUCUUGGCUGCCAGCAUUGGGAGCAUCUUCGCCUGAGACCCCCCCACCCGCUGCCCUCCAGGUGACCGGGUGGCCUUUCCCCCCUCCUGCCCCGCCGCCCGGAUGAUCCUGCCCGCAUCCACCUGCGGCUCCAGCCAGCGGAGAGACCCCCCCACCGCCAGCCCCGCGCCCCAUCUGUCUCCGAGGACAUCCCACCGACACAAACCCCCUGUCCCCAGAGGAGCAGCCACCACCUUCCCUGCUCCCCCCUUCCCUCCCACCACCCCGAAGUCCCCCCUCGCUCCCCGUCCUCCCUUCGGCCGACGGUCGGCGUCCCCUGCGACAAGCAGCCCCCUCCUCGGUGGCGCGGAGCGGCCGGAGGAGCCGCGUUCCUCCCCGGGGCGGCGUAGAGGGCUCUGCCUUGCUCGGGGUGGCAGA